UGUGUGUAGUGCAGUGCAGUGCGAUCACACUAAACUUCACCGGUACCGUAUACACGUGCUCGAAAUUCGCCGGCUGAUCGUUCUUCUUCUGAUCACGAUGGCCGAAGAUUCCGUGGUGGAAAGCAGCAAAUCGGAGAAUGAAAGUCCAACUAAGGAGGUGCUGUCUGCAAGCCAGCAGUCAUGCGACGGACCUGGUGCCGUAAAAUCGGCGGACAGUGCCGCACUCAAGAUGAAAGCAGCGUCAGCCAGCCAGUCUCAUCCUAUGCACGCUCAGGGGGGUGGGGAUGCCGACUGCAAACCUGCGACAAACGGAUUGGACAAUGGUCUCCAUGACGACGCCAGCCUACCCAACGGGAGCACAGAGUUGCCGAAGGCCGAAAAUGGACACGGUGGGCCAAACUCCAGCGCCAAUGACACUCAUUCAGAUACGGACAGAAACAGCCCAGUCCUAAAUGGGCACGCUGAAGAUGUAUCAUCGGAGGAUUCAGACAGUAAAAAAGAUGCGGUUGCGACCAACUCUGAAGACCUUCCUUCCGAUGAUGCAGUCGACGAUGUGGACGGAGACAAAGCAAUAAGAACAGAAUCAGAGGGGAGUGAAACAAAGAAAGACUCCAAAGUUGAAGACGUGAUUGUGAUACAGGACACUGCGUUCACUCUGAAACUAGUACCGCCAGGAUGCGAGUCUUUUGAAUUACAGGUAAGCCCCCAGGAGAUGGUGCAAGAGAUCCACCAGGUCCUGAUGGACCGGGAGGACACCUGCCAUCGCACCUGCUUCUCCCUGCAGCUAGACGGCAACGUCCUGGACAACUUUGCCGAACUGAAGAGCGUCGAGGGGCUGAAGGAAGGCUCCGUCGUCAAGGUUGUGGAAGAGCCCUACACAGUAAGAGAAGCCAGGAUCCACGUCCGGCAUGUCAGGGACCUGCUGAAGUCACUGGAUCCCUCCGACGCUUACAAUGGUGUCGAUUGCCAGUCUCUCUCCUUCCUAACUACCGUGCUUAACGAUGAACGCAAGCGCAACAAGUCUUCAGAUUCGGUGGACUGCACCCCGCCCGAGUACCUCAUGCCCCUGAGCAAAGAGCGCCCUCUAUCCAACAUGCAGCCAGUCCACAAGGAGAGUCGUAGCCCGACGUGCCUGAAGGUGCUGACGGUGUCGGGCUGGAACCCGCCGCCGGGUACCAGGAAGAUGCACGGUGAUCUGAUGUACCUGUACAUAAUGACUAUGGAGGGGACGUCGCACCACGUUACUGCAUCGACCAGAGGGUUCUAUAUCAACCAGUCUACCCAGGAAGUGUUCAACCCUAAGCCUGCAGAUCAGAAGCACAGCUCACACUCUCUGAUUGAGCUUCUUAACAAAGUCAGCCCCGUCUUCAAGAAGAACUUUGCGCAGCUGCUUAAGAAAAGAGCCCAGCGGCAUCCCUUUGAGCGUGUGCCCACUCCGUUCCAAGUCUACACCUGGAUGGCUCCUCAGAUGGAACACACCAUCGAUUCCAUACGAGCAGAAGAUGCGUACACCUCCAGACUUGGCUACGAAGAGCAUAUACCUGGGCAGACCAGAGAUUGGAACGAGGAAUCGCAGACGACGCGAGAGUUGCCGCGCAAGAACCUCCCCGAACGACUGCUGAGGGAACGCGCCAUCUUCAAAGUGCACAGUGACUUUGUCGCCGCGGCAACCAGGGGUGCUAUGGCGGUCAUCGACGGCAACGUCAUGGCAAUCAACCCAGGGGAAGACACAAAAAUGCAGAUGUUCAUCUGGAACAACAUUUUCUUCAGUCUGGGCUUUGAUGUCAAGGAUCAUUACAAGGAAUUCGGUGGGGAUGCUGCCGCUCUUGUCGCUCCAAGUAACGAUCUGCAGGGAGUCAAAGCCUACAACGGCGUCGACAUCGAGGGUCUUUUUACCCUUGGUACGGUUGUGGUAGAUUACCGUGGUUAUCGCAUCACUGCUCAGUCCAUCAUCCCGGGCAUCUUGGAGAGGGAGCAGGAGGAGUCCGUCAUCUAUGGUUCGAUUGACUUUGGCAAGACGGUGGUCACCAGCGACAAGUACAAGGAACUGCUGACCAAGUCUGCCCAACAGCUGAAGAUUCUUCCCCACAAGGUUGUCAACCACAAGCAGGAAGAGGUGGAGAUAUUCUCAUCAAUAGAAUGCAAGGGCAUAAAGGGUAAUGAUGGCAGACAUUACAUACUGGAUCUGCUGAGAACGUUCCCACCAGAUAUCAACUUCCUGCCAAUUGAAGGAGAGGAGCUAAACGAAGAUGUAAAAGCUCUUGAUUUCCCCCGCAAGCACCGUCACAAACUCUGUUGUCUACGACAGGAGCUCAUCGAAGCAUUUGUUGAGCAUCAGUAUAUGGUGUUUGUCCGCCAUGCAGCUGUCCUAUUAAUGCAACAGCAGAAGCCGGAGACAGAAACUGCUUCAAAAGAGAGCAACAACAAUGCCAAUCAGACUGAAUCUAAUAUAGAGGAACAAAAAGACGAUCAAAAAGACGAUCAAAAAGACGAUCAAAAAGACGACCACAACACAGCAAAGACAGAAACAUCCAAAGAGCAAGACGUUAUUCUUGAAACUCCCUCCCAUGAAACAAACUCGGAGCCGGAAACGGAGGAGCCAAAGGACAAACUCAACGGACUUGAGGAAUCCCAGGAGGAUGGCGAGAAAUCCACGGAGGAUACAUUGAAGGACAGUUUGAAGGACGCGGCCAACGCAGUCCUGGCGGGGAAGUGUCCCAUGCUGAACGGUCUGGACGUGACCGGGAUUGAUCAGUUGGCUGAGAACAUCAGCAGUGUGACGGAGGAGGCUGCGAAGGCGCUCACCGAGUCACAGAAGAAAGACAUAGUUGACUCGGGUCACAAGGAGGUCAUUGCCAAGGCAGCCAAGGUCGCGGGGUCACUGAGCAUGACAGAAUUUGACAUCCGCUUCAACCCCGACAUCUUUUCGGAGGGCGUGACGCAUGCUGACCCCGAUAGCGAAGUUUUUGAGAGGGAAAAGCGAGUGGUCAAGGAUGCUGCUAGGUUUCUCCUCGUUGGCCAAAUUCCUACAUUUAUACGUGAAUGUUUGGAGCAUAACCUAGCACCCCUGGAUGGUUUGACCCUGAUUGAGGCAUUACAUCAAAGAGGCAUCAACGUUCGUUACCUGGGUGUCAUAGCAACGAUUGUUUCCACAAUUCCCCCUCUGUCCUAUCUACAUAGGUUGUUAGUGAGUGAGAUGAUCAUCCGUGGGGCCAAGCAUCUCUUCAAGACCUUCAUGCAAGGAGUAGGCAUGGUCAGUCUGUCGGCAGCCAUCAGCCACUUCCUCAACUGCUUCCUGGGCUCGCUGCCCAAUCCGCAAGCACCCAAGGCUGAUGACGAGAUGACCAACGGGCAUGGAAAGAAGAAGCGAAACAAGAAGAAGACAGGCAGACUCCUAACUGCCCUAGGACAUGACAGCAUAGUAUGGGCCAGCCUCAACCCACUGGAGAUGUGGACCAACUUAAAAGCCGAGGUCAACGAAUAUUACCACUUCAAAAUAGAGUGUGACAGUAUAGACUCAGCCAUCGAGACCUACAACUUCCAGAAAGUGACCCUCCUGCGAGAGUUCUGCACCAAGUGUGGUGUGCAGCUCCUCCUACGAGACUACGACUUGGACGCCAAGCACCGGGCCGUCUUCAGUGAGAAUGACAUCAUCAAUGUCUUCCCCGUGGUCAAGCAUAUCAACCCCAUCGCCAGCGAUGCUUACAACUUCUUCCAGAGCGGACAGGCCAAGAUCCAACAAGUUCACCUGAAGGAAGGCUAUGAGUUAAUCAACGAAGCACUGAACCUGUUCAACAAUGUCUACGGUCCCAUGCACCCAGAGAUUGCUAGCUGUAUGCGCAACCUGGCACGACUCCACUACCUCAUGGGAGAACAUCCAGAGGCUCUUGAGAUGCAGCAGAAAGCAGUCAUGAUGAGUGAACGCUGCAACGGAGUGGACCAUCCCAAUACCAUCAGUGAAUACAUGCAUCUAGCCCUGUACAGCUUCGCCAACGGUCAGGUGACUAGCGCCCUCAAGCUGAUGUACAGGGCCAGGUAUCUGACGUUAGUCGUCUGUGGCGAGGACCACCCAGAAAUGGCCCACUUUGAUAGCAAUAUAGGCCUUGUUCUGCAUGGAGUGGGCGAAUCGGACCUGGCCCUCAAAUUCCUAGAGCGAGCCCGCGAGACCACCCUCAAAUACCACGGUGCCAAGAGUCUGAAGGCAGCACUCAGUCACCAUCUUGUUGGGCGUGUCUACUCAUCUCGUGGUGAUUUCCGCACUGCCCUCAGAAACGAGAAGGAAGCCUACACCAUUUACAGAGAACAGUUUGGUGAGCACCACGAGAAGACCAAAGAGAGUUCUGAGUUCCUACGUCAGCUCACACAGCAGGCUGUCAACUUCCAGAAAACGAUGAAUGAGAUCCGCAAGGGCAACUCGCGGGCAGCCAUGCACCCAAUCCCAUUCAGCCUUCCGUCCAUGUCUGGUGUCCUAGAUACCCUCAACAUGAUCAACGGUGUGUUCUUCAUCCCAAUAAGUGUCAAGUCUAAAGGACUUGCCAAGACAAGCACCACUGCUACCACCAAAAUCAUCACUGCUGAUACCGAAGCCCCCUCCGAUAGCAAAGUGGAAUCACCCGGUCCAAGCUCUGGCAAGGCAUCACCUACUAUGGAGACGGAAGGGACCACUGAAAAGGGGGAGGUUCUGAGGUAACCUUCAAGUCCCUCGUUAGAAGGUUUUUUUCAUAAAGGUUAGUUGCAGGAGGGGAAUGCAUAUAAGCAUGUUGUCUCCUCCGAAAAAAAAUUCUAAGAGUUGAACGCAAGAGAUGAUUGGCUGAACGGAGAACAAUACAACAGGGAUCUGGAUGUGAACUCUCCCCCCUGAUUGGUCGAGCUGUGGUCAUGUGUGUUGACGCUCCAAAUGUCAGUGUCGUGUAGUUGAUGAUAGACCAUGUAAUUUGGGUCUUGUAGUUGGUGUCAGCUGGGUUUUUCGCAAAAUUAGCAGACUCAGUAAUGCAUGACAACAGGAUUCAUAAAAGGAAGACUCCGUUUUUGAUCAGAGAAAAUGAAAUGACAAAUUAAUAUCAUAAUGAAAAUUUUACUGUCUGGUUGUGCAAGCAACUAUUGACAAAAUUUGUUCGGUGUGGGUUCGUUUUAUAAAUACAUUUUGAACAAACGCUUGUCUGUCUCCACGAGCUGCACAACUGUUAAAAAUCUCUUUUUACCACAAAAAGCAAAAUGUUGGACAUAAUAUUUAUGUCUUUUUAAGCUGUUAUUGCAAGAUUCAAUACGGUGCUCCUCAAUUGGUUAUGCAUUAUAAAGUCUUAGGAAAUAAAAUAAUAAAUAUGAAAAUCUUAACAGAUAAAAAAAUUGGAAGAAUGUAAAAUACAAUUGGCAUGGUUGAAGAAUAUUAACGAAAAGGAUUAUAUUUAAAAAAUGAUGAAUAUAUAUAGAAAUUGAAGUGAUUUAAUGAAAUUAGCAUUUUCCAGUUACAACCUUUGUCUUUUAGAUACCAUUCCUAAACUGGCAGUUUUUUAAGCUAGUGUGCUGCCGUCGUAAUGCAAUUUAGGCUUCACGUCUUCCACAAGUGUUCCCGUUAGUUCGUUAGUGUUUUCUUGCAGUUUUCUCGUAGCUUAGCUUGUUGAAGUUUUAGAAACCUGUGGUAGUGUACAAACAAA